AGGCAUCACUACUACCAUUAUUUGGAGUAAUACUAGUAUAUGUAUAUUUGUAUUUUCAGUAGAUCCAUGAUUUUUAUUUUACAUGCCCAUGUUUACAUACAGCGACGUGAUACGUAACCGGUUCUGCGUCAUUUCCAAGCGACGGCAGGAUUGUGCUUCGCGCCAAGCGGUGGAUUUUCUUAUUAUCCUGACAACAAACCUGACAGUAAAGUGCAGGAAUAAAAGUCUCUCUAGCAAUGGACAUCAGGAGGUUCUUCACAUCCACAGCUGCAAAACCUGCGGUGCAAAAACCUGCCUCCAACGGUAAAAUUAACGUUAAGUCAGAUGACAAGAAGAAGACUAUUACCUUGUCUUCAGACGAGGAAGUCAAGGUUCAAAAGAAGACAAAGGUUUCCAAAUCAGGAGAGAAGCGUAAAGAUUCGGAGAAAAAACGCAAGAGACACGCAGUAAUAGAAUCAGACUCAGAAGAGGAGAAGCCUGUGAAGUCAAAGAAGUCUCCUAAAGUGAAACUGAAGAAAGAACAGCCUCUAAAAAAAGAUCCAGUUCAGUAUGUCUCAGAGACAGAUUCAGACAGUGACAACUUUCAAACCUUGAAAAAGGCAUCUCAAGCUAAACAGAAUGGCAAUGGAAAAACAGAGAAGACAAAUGAUAAAAGGACUAAAGAGAGCAGCAAAUCUCCCGUAAAAUCUUCCACUCAGGGGAAACCGGUCCUAAAAUCUCCUGUCACCCCUAAAGUAGCUCCACCUCCUAAACCUAAACAAACCCCGACUUCAGUCUUUGACUAUUUUGGCAGCAGGGCCAUUCAGCGCUCAGAUAAGAAGCUCGUGGCCAGUACCAAGCGAAAGACUCCCAUCGAAGAUACAGAUGAUAUUAGUGAUGAGCAACUUGCCAGACAGCUGCAGAUGGACGAGGACAUGCAGUUGGAGAAGCAGGUCCAUGAAGAUGAGGAGUUUGCCCGAACCCUUGCUAUGUUGGAUGAAGAACCACUGGCUAAAAAAGCUCGUAAAGGCCCUGAUGAUGUGAGCUCCAAGAAAACCACAGAAUCUGCAUCUGGUUCUAACAGUACUCCAAUAAAGUUACAGCGGAAAGAAAGCUUUUCAGAGGAUGUCAUUGCCCCAUCGCCAAAGAAGAGCCCUGUCAAAACUAGCUCUAAAAUUGCGAUGAUGAAGAAGAAGGAUGAGGAUAAGGAAAUGUCAAAGAAUAAAAUUAUUGUUACACCCAAAAAAUUAAUCUCACCUAAAAAAGAGAGCAUGUCUUCACCAACUCCAGAGAAAAAAUUUACACCCAAAUCAGGAACAGCACUUACUUCUCCAAGGAAAACAGAGAAUACAAGUACAAGUCCUGAAGACUCAGAGAAGAAGAAAGGCAAUGCUUCAGCUUACAGAAACUACCUUAACCGUGACGGUCCAAGGGCUCUAGGUUCCAAAGAAGUCCCACAGGGAGCUGAGAAUUGCCUGGAAGGUUUUGUGUUUGUCAUAACCGGAGUACUAGAGUCCAUGGAGAGGGAUGAUGCCAAAGCACUUAUUGAGCGUUACGGUGGGAAGGUGACAGGCAACGUCAGUAAAAAGACCAACUACCUGGUCCAAGGGCGGGACAGCGGUGUCUCCAAGCUCGAAAAGGUUUGUUCCUUUGCUAACAUGAAACUGGAGUGA